AUGGCUACAAAAACGGGUUGUAGUUCAACAUUAGCUGAUUUUCAUCAAAUGAUUAAAUUAUUUUCUAAUCCAGAUCAAGAAGAAGAAAUAAAUUCAACAGAAAAUGAUUUAUCAAAUGGUAAUUCAAUAUCAACAACACAUCAUAAUGUUGAUCAACAAAAAAGUUUUAUUUCAACAAAUGAUCUUCUCUUAGAUAAUGAAGAUGAUGAUGAUGAUGAUGAUAAUGAACAAAAUGAUAUUGAUAUGGAUGAAACAAAUGGAGAAGAUGUUGAUAAUAUAAAAAUUUCACCACCACCUCGAACAUCAUCACCAUCAUCAGAUUCUACAAUGUCAUCGGCAUCAUCUAUUUCUAAUUCAUCUACAUCAUUUGUUAAUGGUUUAAAAUUAGAAAUACAAACUCGUCAACCAAUACAACAACCAAAAAUGUCUGCAGCUGCUGCAGCCGCACGUUUAUCUCGUUUAGCUAAUCAACGUAUUGAUUCAAAUAAAUUUUUAAUAUGUAGUGGUACAAAUUCUUAUAAUACAAUUCGUAAAACAAAACAUGAAGUAAGACGAUUUGCUUUAUAUCUUGAAGAUACAUUUAAUGAACAUAUAGCCAUUGAUGAUUUAAAACCUGAUCAAUUAUGUUCAUAUUUAAAACAUUAUUUUCAAAAUGUACGAAAAGCUGAUGGUAGUGAAUAUGAACCGGAUACAUUAAGAAGUUUUAUGUUAUCAAUUGAACGAUAUUUAAAAUCACGUAAAUAUUCAUUUAAUAUUUUGGAAAGUCCAAUAUUUCAAUCAUGUCGUGAAGUUAUACAAGAAAAACGUGAUACAUGGGCAAAACCAACAAAAUCUGUAUGUAAUAGUAAAGUAGAAGCAUUUACAUCACAACAUGAAACAUUAUUAAGACAAAUGAAUAUAAUAACAAGAGAUACACCAGAAGGACUAUUAUUAGAAUUACUUAUUAAUAAUUCUAAAUAUUUUGAUCAAAGAGGUUUUGAAUCAACAAUAAAUCGUUCAUUAUUAUGGGGUGAUUUAGAAUUAAAAACAGAUCAAAUUAAUGGUGGUAUUGAUUAUAUUGAAUAUAAACGUACAAUUAAAAGUGAUGAUAAAUCAUCAUCAAUUAUUGAAAAUAUUCGUGCUUAUGCUAAUUUAGAUAAUCCACAAUUAUGUCCUGUUGUUGCAUUACGUUUAUUAUCUUAUCAUCGUCCACAACAAUGUACAAAUGUUGAUGCACCAUUUUAUUUAGUACCACGUUUAAAUUCUGAACAACGUGUUUGGUAUAAAACAAUUCGUGCUGGUAGACAUAGAUUAGAUUUAUUAUUACAACAAUCAAUGCAAAAAGCUGGUAUACAAGGAAAAUUUAGUUGUAUGAGUUUAAGAAAAGGUAAAAUAAAAGGUUUACUACUUACGGAUAAUAACAAUAUACCAACUACAACACAUUCAUCGACGACGGCAAUGGUUACAACACAAAAAUCAAGACGAACAUCGUCAGCAAAACAAGAAGUUGUGCAAGUACCUCCUACACCUUCUACAACUAUGUCAACAACAUCUACUACUACAAUGAUUACUUCACCUCAUUCGACAAUUGCUAUUAAUAUAGAGCCGACGGCUUUAUUAAUUGGAGCUGUGGCUAAUGCCAUAUCAUCGUCAACAUUUCAUAAUGUUACACAAUGUUUUACAACGGCGAUACAAGCACAAGGACAAAAUAACAACAAUAAUAAUAAUAAUAAUAAUAAUAAUAAACGAACUUUAUCAUCAACAUCAACGAAUAAAAAUGAACAACUACUCGAUUUAUCAACAACUAAGAAUAAUAAAAAUAAUAAUAACGAUGAUCAUUAUUAUUUAACGCAAAAUGAAAUGAUUAAUUUAGCUAAAAAAAUUAAACGUGAAAAUGAUACGAGGAUUAGUCAAAAUGGUGACAAUGGACAUACUACACCGACAAUGUCCUCUUCAGAAACAUCAUCACUCACCACUAAUAGUCUAUCUUCUCAUUUAAGCUCGAUGUUACCAUUACAACAACAAAAUGAUAAUACUCAACAACAACAACAAAUGAAAUGUUCGGUGACAUUGAAUGAUUUAGCUCUAAUUGCCCAUACUCUUGAACAACAACAACAACAACAACAACAACAACAACAACAUCAAUCACAACCAAAGCGUAAAAUAACCUCGUCAGAUGCAUUUCACGCAUUAUAUUCAGCUGCUCAUAUGAAAAGUACAAAACAAUCAAAAAUAAAUAUAUUACGUCGAUAUUUAGAAGAUACAUUGGGUUUAGUAGAAUUUUUAACAUUAUAUGAAUAUUUAAGAAAAGAUUCACAAUUAAAAUUACAGGGUACACCUAUUGAACAUUAUGAACAUGUUUUACCAAUAUUUUUAACAUUAUUAAUGCUUGAAAAUACCGCUUAA